CACAAAAUUCAAUCGCAAUGCACAGUAUACGCGCCACUACGCGGAUGAAUGAUAUAUGGCCAUCGCGAUCAAUGAACAGGAGGAGAAAAGCGCGUGCACGCGGCAUGGACAAACAGGGUCUCGCGACGCAAUGGUCGAUUUUGAAAAUGAGACGAUGGUGAUAAGAGCUUCGGAAUCAGAAUAUUGGAAUGCUUUUCGGGCCGAGGAAGACGUUCGGCGUGAAAGCGAAGGAGGUAGCGGUCUCAACUUGGAAGGGUCGACCGCGGACGCGUACGACUUUCUGGAAAGACUGUACUCCGUACUCGCCUUACCAUCGUGGAGUCUUUUGCGGACACUUCGAGCGUUGUGGCGUGGAAAGUACGGUACCAGCGAUAACAGGCGGGCCUGAUGGAUAUCGAUAAAAUAGUUUCAUCAACACACGACUCUAGGCGCUGUAGGCUCUUACGCCGUUGAUACCUGCUAGUCCUCUUGGGAACCACGAAUGAGGGAACCUGCGAGAAUGACCCUUGUACAAAAUUGAUCUCACCGAAGCGUUGCUAAAGCUGUGGCGGCCAAUUCAUUCUCUGUACCACGGACUGCGAUCUUUCGCGUCGAAGCGCCGCGACACGGCAGUCCUCUCGCCAUAGCUCAAGGCAGCAGUGCAUAUUGCGUGAGGAGACGAGCAGCUGCUAAGUUGUAAGGCAUUCUUGUGGUUUGAAACGAGCCGCUCUGCGUGUGACCCUAUGACUACGCACGUGAGUUCGUAGACCGACG